AUCAAAGUCAUCAUGCCUGACGCACCAAAAGCAGCAAGGAAAGGCUCCAAGAAAGCCGUCUCUAAGGCCAACAAGGCCGGCAGGAAAAAGAGGACCAAGAGGAAGGAGAGCUACGCCAUCUACGUCUACAAGGUCCUCAAGCAGGUCCACCCAGACACCGGGAUCUCCUCUAAAGCAAUGGGCAUCAUGAACUCUUUCGUCAGUGAUAUCUUUGAACGCAUCGCUGGAGAGGCCUCCCGUCUGGCUCACUACAAUAAGCGCUCCACCAUCACCUCCAGGGAGAUCCAGACCGCCGUCCGCCUGCUGCUGCCCGGAGAGCUGGCCAAGCACGCCGUGUCAGAGGGAACCAAGGCCGUCACCAAGUACACCAGCUCCAAGUAAAGUUUUACUUAAGAGAAUAACACAACGGUCCUUUUAAGGACCAAACAAAUGUUACAGAGAGUUUUCAGUCCUUAAUCUAACUAGGUUACGUAUUGAUUAUAUAACAAAUUAUCUUUUUAUCCAUACUUGAGGUUACAAAUUCUAACGUUAUUAUAAGAGCUUGAGUAACAACAAGUCACAAUUUUCAGACCAGUAAUGACAUCCCACUACUAUGGAGUGUUGUGUACAUGUAAGGAACUAUUUUAGAUAAAAACGAAUUACAAGAAACCAAAGACAUUACAGUGCAGUUCAGACUGUACCUCAAGUAUUACUAUUUGUUAAAUUUAGCUUCCUCUGUACAGCAGAAAACCCAAACAUCCAACCAAAAGGUAAUCCACAAGUCCUCAUUUUUACCACACAAAUGUGUCCUAAGGCAUGAGAUGAAAAACUACUACAAUUUCACAAUAUGUAUUUGAUGUACAGAUAUGUGAGGCACAUGCUAAGUCGCAUUCAUAUGUGCCUCCAGUUACAAGGCUUCUUCAUGAUAUUAUAUGAGGAGCUUUUUUUUAAUUUGCAUAUUUUAUGUUUACUUAGCAUAUGGGUACAAAUACGUAUUAUAAAUUUAAUAUGUAUGUCCUUACAUGUCUGUAUAAACCAAAUGGCAUACACUGUAAGAUGUCUAUCUUGAUUAAUUCUGUGAGGAUAAUGUUUUAAUGGAUGCAUCUUCAUACCUGAACUGGUUGAUGCAGCACAACAUUGGGUUCUUAGAUUAUGAAAGUCUACUGCAUGAUCGUGAAGACUUGAAUUGAGCCAACAUUGUCUGGGUGCUCUACUUGAUUUUUUUUUUUUAAUUCACUAGCACAAUAGCCAAUCUUGUCCCAUGAAACUUGUUUUAAUUUUAUUUUCUACCCCUAUCUCUGUCUCUCUUAUUACUGUCAUAAAAUCUUCAGUUUUUCAUUUAAAUGAUCAACACUGUACUGUACAAAUGUUUAUACAAGCCUGGCCUACGUCUUCUUUCUGAAAGACGGCAGCACUCCAGGAAUUUGUUAACAACUUUAAUGAAGUCCAAAGA